UUUCACAAGCAAUCCAUUUGCAGACACAACCAAAAUUAAAAAUCUAUAUUUCUUUAUGUUACCUAUAAUGUUUUACUAAGUGUGGGGUUUGGCUUUCUUCCUCAUUUGUUGUUUAUCAUUUUUUUCAUUAGAAUUUGCUUUUAAAGAAGUAUACUUUUGAAAUUCUGAAUAUAACCUUCACAGUUGACAUAGCUGUAAUGGCAUGUUAGUAGUUCUUCUAAAUUCUAAUGUAAUCCCUACGAUUCCAACAAUAAAAUUCAUUUUCCUCUCAGUUUUCCUUUCACGUCUCCGCCAUUUUCUCCCUCUCAAACGUUUUUCUUCUUUUCCACGGGGUAUUGAAUUUAAUGUCUAACUACUAGUUGUCUUUCAUCUGUACAAUACCAGUCCUGGAUGUUUGAGUAAUGGCUACAGCAGAAGCAAAUCCACGAAAGCAUUUGGAAAACCACUUCACUGCCCGAGAUGAUGGCUACAGAGAUUCAAAAUUAUUUUCAACUCCAUUGUUUUCCUUAAAUUCAGAACGUAAUGCUGCAUCUGAUCGUAGACCACAUGGGUAUAAUUCUCCAUCCAAACCUGCUCAUAUCCCAACAUCUUAUCACACAGUUGACAGUGAGUUGAAGUCAUAUAAGCAACCCGAUUUUCAGCACCAAGAGGGUUUUGCAGUAGGAUGGGCAAAAACUUUGCAGGCUGGAGUGGAUAAUUCAAGUGUCCGGAUUGCAAGUAAAGCAACUGUAUCUGAUGAGGGGCAUCAAAACAUAGAAGAACUUGAACAUCAAGUUUGCAAGAGUUAUGUUUCCACUGAGGCUGUGAGUAACAAUGAAUCUGUAAACAUGACUAAGAAAACAGACUGCAUUGAUGAGUUCCAUUACAUAGAGGAUCAUUUUACAGACUUGCACAAUUUAGACAAUCAGAUCUCUGGGCGGGGAGAGAAGGUUUCUCUUGAUUUGGAGUCGCAUUGGAUUGGAAUUGAGAAGACUAAGCCAUGGUGGCGUUCUGCUAGUAAAGAUGAGUUAGCUUCCUUGGUUGCUAGGAAAUCACUUGAAAACGUGGAAAAUUGUGAUCUUCCUCAACCACGAACCAAACACCAAAGCAAAAAUGAAUCAACCUGUUUUGAGUGUUUUGAUCAAGAUUGCUUUCUCAAUUCACCGUUUACUGAGAUGCAAUUCUCUAGUUUGGAUGGAUCUAACAGAGACAUACGUCCCUCAGGUGGCAUGGGUGAGAGACAGUUCAUUGUUGGUACUAUAGGUCACUCGCUGCGUCAUCAAGAUCAUUUCAGCAUUAGCAGAACUGAUAAUGAAGAAAACAACUCGAGUAUUAUUUCAAAUCUGAAUUCUAGCAAAGCACAAUUGUUGGAAGCACUAUGCCAUUCACAAACUCGAGCAAGGGAGGCUGAGAAAGCGGCACAAGAAGCAGAUACAGAGAAGAAGCACAUUGUCGCACUCUUUCUCAGACAAGCCACCCAACUUUUUGCUUAUAAGCAGUGGUUACAGUUACUGCAAUUACAGAACAUUUGCCUUCAACUUAGGAACAAAGAUCAACCAAUCACUGGUCUGUUCUCAGAUGCCUUGCCUUGGGACCCUUGUAAAGACAAUCAGUUCAAUAAACCUAGAAACAGAAGGAAGAAAAGGGACCAAGACCAUCUUAAAUUUACAAACAUUGCUUUUGCCGUGGGACUGAGUCUUGCCGGUGCCAGUUUGCUCCUCGGAUGGACUACAGGUUGGUUGGUUCCUAUGUUUUGAGUUGGUGAACAUCUCAAACUAGCAGGUUCAUUCUGUGUUUCACUUUGGAUUCCCUGGUCAAGGGGCCAAGGCAAGGAUAACAUCAUCUUUUCACUUCACAAAAUCAAACUCUUGUAAAUAUGUAGAGCCUUUGUAUGUGUUUAUACUUCACCAACUCUUGGUAAAACUAUGAUUUGUAUACAAAAUACAUGUAAAAGUUAUGUUCCAAAAUGGUGUUUAGACAGGUUUUGCCUCA